CUCGAUAGUCUACCGUACCACAUCUCAUCCGCUCCGUUGCUUGGAUUCCCUGCCUUCAGAACGAGCAGUGCGGCUGUUCUGACAGUCACUCUACCCUCCCACCGCAUCUCGUACUCCUCGCGGCCAGCAGAGGCGUAGAGUCUACCAUGUCGGCCCGCAACGUCCUCGCGUUGCCCGUCCCUUCCUCGCCCAACCUCUCCUCCCAGUUCACGUCCUCCUUGCGGCAGGCCAUCAUCUCUCACUCUGGUGAGACUCAUCAUCCUGAUGCUUUCGCCUCCGACAUCUCCUCUCUCGUGGAUCUACGCGCUCGGGUUGGAGCAAUGGAGGCCCACGCGGCCAGUCUGGAUACGGCAUACCGGUACUACGCCCAGCUGGUCUUUGCCACUACCAAGUUGCCAGCCAGCGUGCCCAUCUCCUUUCCUUGGGCUCAGCCGCUCGUACCUGUCUCCUUCUUGGGAGCGCUAGCGAGCGGUGGUACUGGCGCUUCACAUGUUGACUCGUCCAGCGAGAGCACAGCCGAGUUGGCUGCGAUGUGGAAGAAGAGCGAGGAAUUUGCAGUCAUCUUUGACGGAACGGUCUUCGUCGGCCAUCCCCUCAUCGCCUGGGAGAGGGCGAACGUGUUGUAUGCGAUUGCUGCUUUGACUAGUACGCUAGGGGCGCAGGAAUCGAGAAAUGAUGGAGCUAGCAUCAAGAGGGCGGUAGCGUACUUUCAGACAUCUUCGGCAAUUCUAUCACAUCUAGAGACGCAAGUCAUGCCCUCGCUCGUUCCUCAGCUUCCGCCGACCUCCCCAUCUCACGGCCUCUCGCCAGUCUCAUUACAGCCUCUGGCCACUUUAUCGCUUGCUCAGGCCCAGGAAUGCUUCUGGCAGAAGGCAGUCAGCGAUGGGAUGAAGUCGGGGACUGUUGCGAAGCUGGCGGCGGCAGUUGAGGAGCUGUAUGAGCAGGCUGCAGAUCAGGCCAAGAGGGCAGAGAUUGAGCAUGGUAUCGAGGCCAUUCCCAGGACUUGGCUCAACCACAUCACCGUCAAGCGGCAUCACUUCGGAGCGGCUGCCCAAUAUCGAAAGUCGCAAGACGAUCUUGCUAGCUCACGUUACGGAGAUGAGAUUUCACGACUACAGCUUGCAGAGGGCUACGUCAAGUCAGCUCUGACCGCCUUCAAGAAGGGCUUGCCGACUACCACAUCAUCUGAGGCGGUCGCUUCGGAUCUCAAAGGGCUGCAAGGAGCCAUCGAGAGCAACCUCAAGAGGGCAAAGAAAGACAAUGAUCUCAUCUACCUCGAGCCGGUCACACCUGGUGGCUCUCUAGCACCGAUCCAAGCAGCCCGGAUGGUGACUGCUAGGCUUCCCGCUGAAGUUGCAAAGCCCGUCGAGUGUCUUCGUGCCCCUGGCUCUGCUGUCGGCAGCGGCGACGCCUCCCUACCUGCUUUGGGCAAGCCGCUCUUUGCAGCUUUGGUCCCUUACGGAGCGCAUCUAGCGAUCAGUGUGUACGAGGACAGGAAGGACUCGUGGUGGAGAGAUACCGUAGAGGGCAGACGGCAAGAGCUCGAAGCAUUGGUCAAGAGCACAUUGGAGAGUCUGAGCCUCCCUGCCGCUAUCGACGCUCUAGAUCGGAAUGCCUCCGGGAGUCAAGCGCAAGACCUGCCGCCUGCAUUGGUGGAGCAGAUGGAGCGCUUCCGAGAGCAAGGAGGUCUUACGGCGCUGUACCGUCUCAAAGGAGAUGUGGACAAAAUGUCUCAGCUGAAUACGUCGACCCUCCUCCAGGCGCAGACCGCCCUAGAGGCCGAGUCGAAAGAGGAUGCCUCGGUGCGUGAGACGUUCAGCGGUUCUAAGCAUUGGACGCGGCAGGAGAGUCGGAUUGCUGGUCAAGGCUACUGGAAGCGGUUGGAGGAGCUCAAGGGUACCAUCAAGAUGGCCAGGGACAGCGAUGCGGUUGUGCAGAGCAAGAUGACCAAGUGGAGUCAGUCGUGGCAAAUAUUGGAGGCUGGCGAGGCAGUGGUGAGGGCUCAAUUGCCAAGCGAUGCUGGAAACACCUCCUCUUCGGCGUCGAUCAGCAGCUCGAGCUCGGUUGUCAGGGAGCUGCGUUCCACGCUGGAGCGCAUUGAUGAUGCCCUAGCAGAAUUUGCUGCUCUGGCAACCGAGACUCGUUCGCUGGUCAGGUCUGACGAUAUCCGUGACAAGGUCAUGAGGGAGGUGGUGAGAUUGUCAAGUAACGCCACUGGAGAUCAGGGAAUCGGUGGGCAGGGUGGGUACGCCGGUGAGGUGGACUUGAGCCCGGAGAUGUUCGAGGGACUAUUUGACGGCGAGUUCAGAAAGUACAAGGGAGUCGAGUCGCAGCUGGAUGGUUUCGAGAAGAGAGUUGAAGGGCUGUUGCAACGAGCUGGAACACAAAAUGAGACCUUCACGACUCAGCUCAAGGCGAAUUCCGCCACCCUCUCCCAGCGCAACUCGAUUCUCUCCAAUCUCUCCCUCUCCUCUUCCAAAUUCUUCGAGGUCCACUCCAACCUCUCCGAAGGUCUCAAGUUCUACAAUGGCCUCGCACCAAUGAUUACGCAGUUUAAGCAGACGGUGGAUCAGUGGAGGAGAGCGAGGGAGAUUGAUGUACAGCAGCUCGUGGCAAGAUUCGAAGGAACGAGCCUCGAGGAGAGGAGACGACCCUGGGAAGAUGCUGGAGAAGGAGGACAAGCGGCCUCGCCUGCUACCAGAAGUGGUGCGAGGAAAAGCACUGCAGGAGCGACGGCGAGCCCUAGAGCCUCCACCUCGACCUCGACUGCGGGCACGCCAUCCCGGAGAACCACUCGUUCCCAGGCCGCUCAAGCGCAAAGCCAGAUGCAAGCCUCACCACAGGGACGACAGGCUACAUCUGCCCCUUCUCCCUACGGUCAGCAGCAGCGCGCUAAUGAGGAUGAAGCCGAUGAAGAUGCCGUCUUGUCUGCUCUUGGAGAGGACACGAACAGGACGCCUACCAAUAGCAGACCAAGCUCGCCUGCUGAUCAGCAACUUCAACAGGACCAGCAACAUGGGCAGCAGCAGGGCCAAUCGGGACAACCGGCUUGGGGUCAAUGGGGAGGUGGGUCGAUACGCUUUGCAGAUUGAGAUUCAAAAGAGGGGGGUGGAAAAGACUGGGGAGGUAGAAAUAUAUGCAUUGUAACUCAUGAUCGUAAUGGAUUUCGUGACUUUGGUGAAGUAAGAGGACCUUUGUACAAAAUCUAGGUUCCCGAUACUGACUCUCUCUCCCUUUCUCAAGACCCCAGACGUCUUCCGCUGCCCCACUCCUCCCUACCGUACGGAGGAGGCUUAUCCCCUUGCUCAUCCUCAUCAUCCAGCUCUGCCUCUUCACCUCGGCUGCUCGGUUCAUCAAAGGGCACCUCGGCCGUAUAGUCGCUCCUAUCUAUUCCAGCUCCUGGCUCAUCUGAUGAACUACCGGCAUUGUGUUGGUUUCCAGCGCCGACGAGGGUAGAGGUGUUGACGCGGUACUCUGGCC